GUUCUGAUAUUUCGUUUCAAAGAUAUGCCUUAUUUUGAAAAAAUCACCAUUUUUGCUUUUGCUGCCGAACGGUGCGGUCGAUCUGGAGGGUCAAACGAGGAAAGGAAGUUGAUGAGAUGAGAUUAUCAAAGACGUUGUCUUUUAAUAAGGCGAAGUUGCAAAUGGAGGGAUUUACAAACCUCGGCAAAUACACGCCAAAGCACCAGGAGCAACAAAAAGGAGACCAUGCAUUGGGUGUCAUGUUUCAGCCAUUCAAAGGAAAAUGGGUGCAAACAUUAGGCUGCUUUUUAAGCAAGGGAAGUGCAAAUGGCACUGUUCUCCAUCAGAUAAUGAUGGAAGCUAUUAUUUUAGCCGAACAAGCUGGCUUAAAAGUAGACGCUAUAGCAAACGAUGCUGCGUCAUGGAAUAGGUCAAUGUGGGAUUUGUUUGGUGUUAUAAUGAACAAAACGUUAGCAUUGAACAUAUCGUUGAUCCACAAAGACGUUUAUGGUUCUUUUCCGAUUUCCCCAUUUGAUCAAGUGCUUCUGGAAUUUUUUUUCAAAGCGGAACAAAUACGCGAAAAUCUGAACGCCUGAUGGGCCAGUGUCAUUGAAACAUUGGUACGCAUUAUUGGCCAUUGAAAACCCCAAGGCUUUCAAUUUGAAAAUUAAUUAUAAUUUAAGAGAAGAACAUAUAAACCCACAGUAUUACCAGAAGAUGAAUGUUGCUUUAGCUUUCCAGUUUUUUGGUGUAGCCGAUGCAAUCGAUCUUUUAAAAGAUAAGCAUCCAGAUUUACAGGACUGUGAGGGAUCGAUGAAGCUUUGUAGAAGGGUUAAGGCUCUUAUUACAGCUAUGAAUAGUCGAACACCUAUGAACACCUUAAGACCAGAUAAUGAAAUGUGGAAGAAUAUUGAAAGCUUUUUGCACUUUCUUCGAGAAUGGGAAAGUAAAGCUAAGAAGGAGAUAAAUAAGUACGAAUUUAUCACAGAUCAAACUUGCUAUGGGUUGAAGGUUUCCUUGCAAGGAGCGCUGGAAAUUUGUAGAUUUUUGGCUAAGGACUGCAAUUUUAAAUACUUGAUGACUGCCAGGUUAAAUCAAGACAAUUUAGAAAGAUUCUUUGGAAUGAUGCGCAAUUGUUGCGGAUCAAAUGAUUAUCCCGAUUCGGCCCUUUUUAUUCAAAUGCAUAAGCUGGUUUCGACGUACUCCUUGGUGAAGCCACAGAAAGGGUCGAAUAUUUCGGGCGGCGAAAUCAUCGAUAUCCUGCUUAAAAUUAAAGAUAUUCAGAAUAUCGAUGAAAGACAGCAGCAAUGCAAUGCUCAAAUUGGUACAAUCCUCGACAAAGGUCUGAAUACCGAUAUUCUUCCAGAUGCGGCGAAAAUCAUGGAAGAUCAUGAUUAUUUUAAAUACUCAACUUCAGACUACGUAACAGCGUACGUAGCAGGAUUUGUUGCGCGCAAAGGUAAUCGCUUUGCUAGAUUAUUACAAAUAAAUAAAAAAUAGAAAUUUGCGAAAAAUGCGUUGCGUCUCUUCAUUUAUCGGAGAAUGAAGAUCAUGAGUCGGAGCAUUACAAGCUUAUCAAAAUGAAAUCAAGAGGUUCUUUGUGUGAGCCUUCUGUUAAACUAUUUUUAUUAAUCUCUGCAUUAGAAAGAGCAACUUUGAAAGUUUUUAAUGAGGGUAAUAUUAACACCGAUACGUUGUUUGAAAUUACAAAUGCUCUAGAAAAUUUAACACCUCUUCCAUUUGUUGGUUGUGAAGAGCAUGAAAUGAGAUUCACGCACAGAGUGGUAUCGUUUUACCUCACUACGAGAAUGCUUUUCAUUACGAAGCAGGCCAACAAGAAUGAUUGCAUUGAGAAGGAAACGAUGAGAGAAAAAAGAAAAUUAUCGAAGCUGUUAUAUGCACCAAACAAUAACGAAAAUAUAGCAAUCCAAAACAGUGAUUCGGUGCAGAUAAAAAAAAACGAAAAAAAGAGAAGUAAAAAGCUCUAUACCUACCAAAAAGCAGCGCAAGAAUUUGUAAUUUAUUGUUGUGUAAUAAACUUUAUUGUUAUGUACUAAAAAGUAGAAAUAUAAUUUACUUACCUCAAAA